AUGUCCAAGACCACCGCCAGCAAGACAGUGGACGCAUUGGCUGACGUAUUUGCCCAGAAUGGGUUUCCUGACGUCCUUGUUACGGAUAACGGACCCCCGUUUACCAGCGAGGUUCUCGAAAACUAUCUGCGAGCAAAGGGAAUCCGUCAUCUCUUCGCUCCUCCAUACCAUCCAAAAUCGAAUGGCCUCGCAGAUAACUUUGUACGAACGUUCAAGACAGCCGUUCGUCGUUCUACUUCGGAGGGAGGAGAACGGGAUCGAGUGCGCGAUUUCGUCUUCAAAUAUCGCGUUACUCCUCAUGCAACGACAGGUCGUCCACCAUGUGAACUUCUAAAUCGCAGACACUAUCGAUCGGUGCUGGAUCUGGUGUGUCCGGACAAGGUUCAGGACUUCAGCACGUCGGAGUCCUCGCGAAAAGCACGUGCUAGACAGAAGAGGAACCACGACGUUCGAACUUGCGAUCGCAGCUUCGUAAUCGGCCAGAAAGUGUGGAUGCUCGACCCCAUCAAAAAAGGCCAUUGGAAAAUUGGUACGAUCGGCAACAAGCAGGGCUCCACAAUCUAUGUUGCGAAAGACGGGUUCGGCAAAGAACACCGGGUCCACAAGGAUCAUUUAAAGCGGCGGGAAUCAACGACUACGUGGCUCCCGCAUGUCCCACAACACGACAGAGAGCCAUUGCAGUCUCCAGGGAACAAUGCUUCUGAAGGCUUCCUUCUUGUGUUUCCUGAGACGACUGAACCUGAAGGAGACAGCGAACAGUGCCCGGUUCCAGCGACAGCAGACUUUGCAGUUCCUCUAGCAAACUCUGCUGUCCCUCUAAAGACUUUCGGAGCUCGAUAUCCAACGCGCACGCGUUGUAAACCGGAGCGCUACGGAUCCUCUUAA